AUGACGACUCCUCCAGCAGAACCGGCAGAUUCUCUGCGUGCGUUGCCAAACGUGCCCAUGUGGAUGAUCCACGCCUUCGCCGGAUGCUGCGCCUUCGUACUGACUAUGGCUGUGGUCCUGAUCCUGGCGCAAUUCCCCGUCGAUUCGGCGUGGGUGUACAAGAUUAUGCCGAAAGUUGCGCAGAAUCAGACACAGUACUACAUGGCGAUCACGCAGGACGGUUGCGAGGUUCGUGAAGUGGGAGGUGGAGGCAACUAUGCUUCUGCGGCCACAGAUGAGGAGAUGGCUCUCGGUGCGGUAGGAAGGCGGAACGCUGGGGCGAGGAAGAGGAAGCCGAAGAAGCUGAGCAUCGAUACCACUGUCGCCUAUCACGGCUUGAGUAUCGCUGUUCAAGGUGGCGAGCACGAAGCUGGCUACCAUACAUUCAACAUCGACAAAGGUCAUCCCAAGACUCCGGCCACCGGCGGAUGGUUCACAGCACCACUCCUAUCAGUCUCCACCUUCUUCAGCCAACGUGCGCCUACCUACUCACCAGCGGUCAAGAAAGAGGACGAGAACGCCGAACUUGGCUGUUCGUUCCACAUGCCCUUCGACCACGGCGCGACUAUGCACGUCAAUCCUGCGACUUCGCCGUACGAGACUCCGCCCGAAGGCCACGAACGACACACAUCUGGCAACGGCUUUCUGCACAAGGUGAAUGGAAGCAUCAGCUCUGCUGUGAACAAGGUGGCGAAAACCUUUCAUGAUCAGGUUACCGGGGCUGAGGAGGGACUGCUGUUGCCGGUGAAGGGGAAGGAGAGGCAGGCCGAAGUGGCGCCCGGAGUAACCAUCCGACAGACGACGGUGGCGGGUGAGUUUUCUCAGGCGUGA